AUGGGCGUCAUGCGCAUUCCUCGCCCAGCGGGCAUCUAUGUCCCCAACUCCCCGACUCGUCUGACCAACGAGAUGAUCUCGCCGCCUCUUUCUCCUGAAUUCACAUUCGACGCCGAUGCCAUCCUGCCCAGCAUCCUCCCCGCUCUCGAAUACAUCUCCUCCAAGCUCCAGCAGAGAAUGAUGCACGUCACACUCCUGGUUGGUCGAGGCAAGCCAUAUCCAACCGGCCAGCCCUCCGAUCUGAUGGUCAUCCCCAUUACCAAGCUUGAUCUCGCAUCAUGGCGCGUCCUGGAACGGACCAUCGCAAAGGGGUCGAAGAAAUUCUCCCUUGGUCCAAGCUGGAGCGAAGCUCUCGGCCGCAGCCAGUACGAGCGCCAGGCCAACGAGUACCUCGUCCAGCAAUCGAUCAUGCAGAAUGAGGUCGUCUUCAGCCAGGAGGGCCUCACCCUGCUCAACAUGGAUCGCAUCUACACUUUCAAGCGACGCCUCUGCGUCCUCUCCAACCGUCCGUUCUCCCGGUCCGACGGACAGUCCAUGACAUCGUGUGUGCAGCUUUUGCACCGCCUGAUGGCGGACUUCCAGGGCCGGCCCUUCAGCAAAGCCUUCUUCCACCGUGUCUACGAGCAACUAGACGUCAAGGACGAGUUGCUUGCUGCCGUCGCCAGAGCUUACCAGCAAACCUAUGACCAGGAAGCAAUUAUUCUCCCCUCGCCGCCGAAGGCCGCGGAACCGAAGAAAGCACCAGCCAAGGUAGUCGCGAAGACGCCCAAGACAGCUAUUAAGACAGUCCGCGUUCGUCGGCCUCCACCUCCGGCCAAGUCCAGUCCUGCGGUCAGGCGCGGUCCCAAAACCCCGCUGUCUGCUUCCGAUGUCACCCCCAUCACCAAGAAUGAGUGGAAUCUUAUUACAACCAAGGAUAUCCGCCUGCAGCCCACGGUCACAAGAUGGACCCCGUCCCCUGCUCCUGUCUUUGCUGCUGCUGUUGUCGCUGCUGCUUGA